UACAGAACUCUCUUUCGCAGCUCGAUACCAGCAAUCACUACCAUGGCCCCCAAGAAGGACGAGAAGCCCGUGACCGCCGAGGCUGGCGCCGAGGCCCCUGCCAAGGCUGAGGCCAAGCCCAAGGCCGAGAAGGCCGCCAAGAAGGCCAAGAAGGAGCCCUCCAAGAAGGCUGCUAAGGAGCCCAAGGGCGAUGGCGAGAAGAAGGACAAGAAGAAGAAGAAGAGCGCUGUGGAGACCUACAAGCUGUACAUCUACAAGGUGCUCAAGCAGGUGCACCCCGACACCGGCAUCAGCAGCAAGGCCAUGUCCAUCAUGAACAGCUUCAUCAACGACAUCUUUGAGAAGGUGGCCACCGAGGCCUCCAAGCUGAGUCGCUACAACAAGAAGCCCACUGUGACCUCCCGCGAGAUUCAGACCGCCGUGCGCCUGGUGCUGCCCGGCGAGCUGGCCAAGCACGCGGUGUCGGAGGGCACCAAGGCCGUGACCAAGUUCACCUCGGGCUAAAUGCGCUCAGAGGCUGGACCGUGUCUUCCACUCUUACAACAAACUCGGUGUUUCUCAACACCACCAUGGCGCGGAGGAUGGGACUUGGGGAUUUGAGGGUUUGGGGCGGGUGGAAACUGCAAGGCAUACGGUACCUCUCCGGGGUGGGGUGGGGUGGGAUGAUACCGAGGGGGCAACCAAUCAAGACGUACUCCUGGUUGUGGUGGGUUCCUGAACUAUCAUGCCCGGGGAGCGGGUAGUAGAGGUCAGCAGCUGCACCGUGCGAAUCCCAGCCUUCCGCUGUAAUCAGACCUGAGUGAAGGGUUUUGGUCUGUUGGGUGGAUGACGGUAGCCAUAUGCAACGGGUACGCCCCCGCGGCCUUGGCAGCACACUUGCCUACCUGCAUGGGCGGAUAGACCCGAAUGUGCACGGUUCGAUAGCCAGGGCCCUGAUGGGAGCCACGUUAAUCAUCUGAGGCUUUUGGGCAGCUAGCCUGGGGCCGUGGGCAUGUGUUGGCGGUGCACGGUGGCGAAGGUCCGGCGCGGUGCUUGGUGCAUUUCACUCGCGCGGCUGGCACGGGGCGUUGGGGUGUUGGAUGGGGGCAGGGCGGAAUUGUACUGGUUGGGGUGGGUUGGAGGACGUAGGUAGGUGGAGGGGGCUGCAGUGCUGGGCACAAAAAGCCUGCUCCUUGCACUGGCGUUCUGAAGCGGUAAGCACGAGCAAGGCAAAAUACGAAAUGACGGUGGGCUGGUCUGGCUGUGAUUGAGCAGGGCAACAUGUGUGGGAAGACCUGUCGGCUCUGACGGCACUGACCAGGGCGCACUAUCCCUUAUGCCUGCUGACUACUCCGACUGCACAUGUGCGGUGCUGUAGGACUGAAGCCUGAAGGUCCGGUCCUGAGCCCACAUCCAUGUGCCCUAUGUGUGUCCAGAACCCACGCCCCCCUGGGACUCAUGCCAAACCCUCUUAACCGCUGCGCCACCAAUUCCGAAACGGUAAUCAACCACAUACUACCACAUGUGUCCCAGGCUUUGCACUGGCGCAUAUCGAGAACGCUUGUAAGACGAAGGCGGU